GCUGCAAUGACCUACUGCGACCGACUAGAAACACAACAGCCGGUGUUGUUUGGAAAUAUUAGUUGAGUUUGUAAUAUUUUGAAUUUUGAAGUCCGAACAAAUCUUUUGAUGGAUGAACCAGCGAGCCCAACGAUGAUCCAAUGAUGUUUGUUUAUGAUCGACCAAUAGCACUUUCCACACUGCCCUUGCAAGACCAUGAGCCAUGACUCUUAGAUGGGUUCCAGAUACUUGUGUGUUUUCCCUAAACAAGGCUGUUCACUUGUGGCACGUACAAGGCCAGAGGCCUGCGUCCAUUGUUGUUUUGCGUGCCCACCAGGGCCCGUUUCAUAAGCCCUAUGCCAGAUACCAUGCUCCAUGCCGCAUGAGCUGGAAGCACACCCAGAGCCUGAGAUCCCGAGGCCGCAAGCUAUGGCUGUGCAAAGCUAGCAGCAAACGGCACAGACUGGGCCUCCACCCUUGCAUCUCCCCCUUCAGCACUUCUGGGUUCACGGGUUCUGCCGAUAUAAGUCACCGCAUGUCGCGUCUUCGGAGCACUUUGGAGUCGGUCUCGAAAGCGGUCAGCGGGACCCAGGCUGAGAUCCUUUCCAGGAUAGCCCAACUCAGGGCGGUCCGAGUGGAGAAGGAGGUUACGGCCAAUGAGGAGGAGCGGGUGACCGAGAAGGAGCCCACAGCAUCCGCAAUCCCAGCAGACUCUGUAGUGCCUCCUGCAGCCUCCGCUCAUCUCCAACCUCCCUCUCCUCCUCCACCAGCAGCCACAGUUUUAGCUUCAGUGGUCAAAGAUGCGAAGGAGAAGAGGCAGCGUAGGCCUGGAGAUUCACCCUCUCAGGCUAGAAGAGAAAUCAAGACUCCUCAGAGUAAGACCAGCACCAGCCCCACCCUAGUCGUCUCCAAACCAGCCACUCCACUCUUCCACCCGGGCUCCUUCACCGUCAACCUGGAUGAGACCUACAACUACGUGGCCAAUCACAUCAACACAUACUUCAGUAGCAACAAGAAGGGAGCACCUGAAGCUGAGGAGAAAAAGCAUCGUCUUGAAGACGACGGUGACAGUACUACUGAGAGGCAGCAAGACCAAAACAGAGACCAGGCACCACCGCUGUCCACCUCAACCUCUUUGACCACCACUGUCCCUCAGGCCAGUCCACCUCCCACCAGCCCCCCGCCUUCCCCGAAGAAGGGGCUCAGCCACUACCUUUCCUACGGGGCACCCGUUCAGGCGUUCGUGGGGAGCUAUAUCGCUCCUCUCGUUCCCAAGUUUCGUUCAGAGGCUAAACCUGUCAUCGUCGAGAAGUCGGCUGUCACUCCAGAAGAUGCUGUUCAGGAGAAGAUAGUUGUGGAGAACAAGGAGAAGAAAGCUGCUGAGGAGAAGGCUAAGAGACUGCUCCUGCAGAGAGAGAGGAUCAUUGCCAGGGUGAGCGUGGACAAUCGGACCCGGGCUCUGGUUCGGGCACUCCACCGGGCCACCGACGUGCGGAUCUACGUCAGCCGGGUGGAGGACCUCAACUACCACCUGCUGGAGUUCCCAGACACCAGGGUGGUGGCAGUUAAGGAGAAGGCCAUCCCAUGUCUGCUGCGUCUCCGCCAGGCCUCUGAUCCUGCGCUGCAGGCCGCCGUGAGGCAGGCCCUGGCCCUGGUGGGCUAUGUGGACCCAGUCAAGGGACGCGGCAUACGGGUCCUGUCCAUAGAUGGCGGAGGCACCAGGGGGCUGAUUGCCCUUCAGACGAUAAAGAAGCUCGAGGCCCUCACAGGAAAGCCAAUUUACCAGCUGUUUGAUUACAUCUGUGGAGUCAGCACAGGUGCGAUCCUGGCCUUUAUGCUUGCGGUGGUUCGGGUUCCCCUGAGCGAGUGCGAGGAGCUCUAUUUGAAACUGGGCUCCGACGUCUUCAAGCAGAACGUCGUCGUGGGGACUGUCAAAAUGGGCUGGAGCCAUGCCUACUACGAAGCCGAGAUCUGGGAGAACAUCCUCAAAGAAAAAUUGGGCUUGGAUCUCAUGGUGGAGACAUCAAGAAACCCUGAGUGCCCCAAGCUGGCUGCGGUGAGCACGGUGGUGAACCGCGGCACGCCCCUGAAGGCCUACGUGUUCCGCAACUACAGCAUGCCUCCCGGCGUGCGCUCCCACUACCGGGGGGGCUGCCAGCACAAGCUCUGGCAGGCCGUGCGCGCCUCCUCCGCCGCCCCCGGCUACUUCAAGGAGUUUGGCCUGGACGGGGACCUGCAUCAGGACGGCGGUCUGCUGAUGAACAACCCUACGGCGCUGGCGGUGCACGAGUGCCGGUGCCUGUGGCCCAAGACGCCGCUGCAGUGUGUGGUGUCCCUGGGAACGGGCCGCUUUGAGACGGUGGGCAAGCUCAACGCCACCCACACCAGCCUCAAGACCAAGCUCACCAACAUCAUCAGCAGUGCCACCGACACCGAAGAGGUGCACACCAUGCUGGACCAGCUGCUGCCGGCCAACACCUACUUUCGCUUCAACCCCCACAUGCCGGAGGAGAUCGGCCUGGACGAGAGCCGGCAGGAGAAGCUGAACUUCCUGCAGGCCGAGGGCAUGCGCUACCUGGAGCGCAACGAGGAGAAGCUGCGCAAGGCCGCCCGCAUCCUCACCCAGGAAAAGACCGCCGUGCACCGCCUCAGCGACUGGGCCAAGCUCAAGCUGGACAUGCACGACGCCACCACCUUCAACAGACUCUAGGAACACUGGCUCUUCUCUGGAGUCCAAUAAUGAACCUUCUCCAGAGUCCAGACUAUAGGAAUGCUCUUCUCUAGACUCCAAGAAUGAACCCUCUCCUGAUCCUUCUCCUAGAACCUUCACCAGAUUAGCACCGUCUUCAAGACUCCUCAGGCUCUUCCCUACUGUGGACUCCUUAUCCCAAAUUUGGAUCAUUCUUCAGACUCAAGGUCCUUCAUCAGCAUCACAGGUUUUGCUUUCUGGACUCCAGAUAACCUUCUCCCAAUGCCUGUAGGGACUUUUUCGGCUGUAGGACCUCAGGUUUUGGUAUACGGCUCUACAUGUGCCACAGGUUUCUUCUGUAGCCUUCAAGAGCAUUCUCCCAACGAGUCUAGAACCCUCUGCAGAAUCUAAGCGUUUCUCCAGACUGCAGAUUCCUUCUCCAGCACAGUGCCCUUCUUAGGACGUUGUUCUCACAAAAAUAAGCUCAAGUACUGUCACCACCUCCAGCACCAUUGUUACUACGCCACAGUUUUUUCUGCACGGAGCAUGAUGCCCCCCCAGGUGAUGCGAAAUGAAAGCAGUGUAAUCUCACAUUUAGCAUUUAUGGGAUACAGCGCAUGCUGUUUUUCAUGUUGGUUUCUCUCUGCUGCGGUGAAAACCGUUCAUUUGCCCCCCCCACCUUAAGGACUCAAACCAUGUGUUAAGUUUCAUUUACCUUAGCAGGUAAUGUUUUAUAUAUAUAUUUUCAUGACUACAACUGUGCUGAAUGGAGAAUUUAGCGCCAGCCUGUCCACAUCAUUGUCUCGCAGUGCUGUGACCUCUGCAAGGCUAUGUCUGCCUGCAUAUACUGAUGGACUUGAAUCUCGGCGGCAGCUCUAAAAGAUUUGACAAUAGCGGGCGACAGGGAGCACUUCUUUUACUGGGUUGAUUCUUGAUCUAAUGUACAUGUCAUGUUCGCAAUCUAACAAUCUAUCAAGGUACUAUUAUAAGAGGUGUGCCAAGCACUUUUAAAAAGCAUUCUCAUCCAGACAACAUAACCACAACCACUGUAACCUCAACUCCAUAUUUAUUUUUAUUUUCAUUGUUUUUCCUUUAUUUUAGGAUCUGGUGUGAGAAAUAGCUGUAGGUACUUUUUCGAUGUCAUAACUGAGUGCCGGAUAUUUACUUGAAAAUGUCAAGUAUGUCAACCUCCGAUGACAGGAGGAGAUGGGAAAGAAAGUUCGUAGGGGAAGGUCAUACUUAACUCCGGGGGCCAUGUUUGUGAAAGAUUGAGAAUACACAAAUAUGUACACUGUUCUUAAGUGUAGGAUAGAGCUUUGGAGUCAAUCUAAUCAGCUUUGACUUAACCAAAGAUGAAGCUAUGGAUCCGCUAUCCUUACAAUUCAAGGCUAGUUAUAUAUUGUGAAUUUGUUUCAGCGCCACUAAUUUAUUUGAAGAUUUGUUUGUAGAUAAAUUGAUAAGCGAUAAUGUUGCACUGUCAGACUAGGCAGUUGUUUUAAACUACUCGAGGGAUUUUUUUCCCCCACAAUUGCAUGGAUAUGCAAUCUGUACAAAACUUUCCUUUUAACAAAAUGAAGAUUAUAUUAUAUGAUGACAAGUAUACGUUCUCAUUCAGCCCUUUGUUAUGCGUGUGUGUGACUUGUGUGGCCAUUUUGAUUCAUGCAGUUCAGAUGGGUAGGUAUGAACAUGGUGGGCUGGACUGCAACACCAGGACACAAGGACUGCUAUGGAGAGCUCCAGUAUUUCUGAUGCAGCGUGCGAACAUAGGAUGCAGUGAUUUGUGUUAUUAGUAUUUCCACUGUACCCAAAAAUGGCAUUACGCACAGAAUUUAUUUUUUGAAAUGUAAAUUAAUAUUGGCAGAUAUUUAUUAUUAUUUGGCUGUGUUCUUCAUUUCCUAAAUUUCUACACUACUAAAAAAACAAUGGUUCUUUCUUUCCUUCUUACUCUGCUAUUUGUUGGAUAUGCUAUUUUGGGUGCAAUAAAGGAAGAUAUAGUAGAGAGAUUUAAUUGUAGAAAUAUCUUAGGGAAUAUUUUAGCAAGCACUUUUUCCCCUCGAUGGAUGCCUCUUGUGCCCUCUGAACCUUCAACCAGUAGUGCAGUUUGUCUCGUUGUGUGCAACACUUGCCUCUGAAACAAGCUGGGAUAUUGCUGCUACCUAUUGUUGUUGUAUGGUUUUGAACGAAACAGAAAGUCAGGGACUGCAACUUUUAACUUGUGUAGAAAAAAAUGAAAUGCACAAAAUGUAAAUGGAUUAAUUUGGCACAAAGUUGUUCUGCUGUUUUUAAUGAUGAUAUCUUGGUGAAGUGAGAUGCAAUACAGUGGUGAUCUUGUGAAAGGCUUGUUUCAGUUUCUCCAGCCAAACUGAUUUUUCCAAUCUCCUUCACCUGCCAUAUGAUGAGUGUGUGUCAUUAAAAUUUUACCCUUUGAUCCUCAGA